UUGCAGGGACCAGAUUUUUUAAUAUAUACUGAGAAUUUGUUCAGUUUAUAUUAAGCGGUGCUUUUGUUUAAUUUCAAUCUUUCUGUGGAGUUUCUAUCUUGCCUAACGUUGCCGUCUGGUAGUUGGAGGCUGGAUUCCAAUAAGAUAAUUAUUUAUGGAGCUCGACGCAGGAAGAGGUUUGGACAGCCUGAAGACUAUGGAUGGGAAGGAGAAUAAUGUUAAUGGUUCAAACAAGGCUGUUCUUCCUAACUGUUGCUUGAAAGCUAGGGCAUUUGAUCCUGAACUUGAAGCCAAUUGUCACUCCACUGUCGUUUCCGGAUGGUUCUCUGAACCUCAUUAUUCCUCUGAUGAAAAACAGAAGGUACUGUACUUCAACAAUCCAAUGUGGCCAGGAGAAGCACAUUCCCUGAAAGUAGAAAAGAUUUUAUUCAAGGGAAAGUCAGAAUACCAGGAGGUUUUGGUUUUUGAGUCUGCAUCCUAUGGGAAAGUUCUAGUGCUGGACGGCAUUGUUCAGUUGACUGAGAAAGAUGAAUGUGCCUAUCAGGAGAUGAUAGCCCAUCUUCCUCUCUGUUCAAUCAAAUCUCCUAAGAAGGUUCUGGUUGUUGGGGGUGGUGACGGUGGAGUUUUGAGGGAAAUUUCUCGACAUAGCUCUGUGGAGCUGAUUGAUAUUUGUGAGAUUGAUAAAAUGGUUAUAGAUGUUAGUAAAAAGUUUUUCCCCGAUUUGGCUAUUGGCUUUGAGGAUCCUCGUGUCAAUCUUCAUGUUGGUGAUGCUGUCGAGUUUCUGAGGAACACACCUGAAGGGAAGUAUGAUGCUGUCAUAGUUGAUUCAUCAGACCCUGUAGGUCCUGCGAUAGAGCUUGUGGAAAGGCCAUUCUUUGCAACAAUUGCCAGGGCAUUAAGACCUGGCGGUGUACUUUGCAACAUGGCAGAGAGCAUGUGGCUUCAUACUCAUCUUAUUGAGGAUAUGAUCUCAAUUUGCGGUGAAACAUUUAGUUCUGUUCAUUAUGCAUGGACCAGUGUUCCUACAUAUCCUAGUGGUGCUAUUGGGUUUCUUCUGUGCUCAACUGAGGGACCAUCUGUUGAUUUUAAGCACCCUGUUAAUCCUAUUGAGAAGCUAGAGGGAGCUGUUCAGCAUCAGAGGGAACUUAGAUUUUACAAUUCUGAGAUGCAUAAAGCUGCUUUUGCAUUGCCGUGCUUCUUAAGGAGGGAGGUGAGCUGUCUCCGUGAUAGCCCACGUACUGCAGGAGUCAAGAUUUAAGUUGUUGCAUUUUCUCUGAAAUUAUUACCCAUUUCUUUUCCUUGCUGCUGGAGUUUGUGGUAGCAGUGGUAUAUCAGUGGUAGACUGAUCGCACUUGUCACACAAUUAGCAGCAGGAGAUGUAGAUGCGGCGAUUUAUCUCUGUGGGUUGGUAUUGUUAUUGAAGACAUGAUCAUGUACUAUGCAAGUUUUAGUACUGCUAUAUCUAUUGUUGACUUCUUGAACGACUUAGUCGUCUGUUGGUUGUUUUUGAGAUUUGAAUAAAUAUGUUGUGGCUUUCAGUGACAAA